GCCCACAGCCGCCACUCAGUGCGCACGCGCCCUGACCGCCCUCGGGCGGCAGCCAAUCCGCGCAGCGGACGGCGACCAAUGGAGCUCGCGCGCGGGAGGAGCGCGGAGUUUGAAUGCGCGACGCCGGCGGAGGCGGCUCGGGACGCGCGCUUCCGGGCCCAGCACCUACGAGCCAGCGGCGACACCGGGAGCGGGGACCGACGGAAGGUGUUGCCAUGGUGACAGCGGCCGAGGACAGCGUGGUCCGGGUGGUGGUGCGGGUGCGGCCCCCCACGCCUCGGGAGCUAGAGGUCCAGCGUCCACCUGUGGUCCAGGUGGUAGACGACCGGGUGCUGGUGUUCGACCCCGAGGAGCCCACCGGGGGCCUCCCUGCCCUCAACUGGGGUAGCACCCACAGUGGCCCAAAGAGGAAGAGCAAAGGUCUGACGUUCAUCUUCGACCGGGUCUUCGGGGAGGGGGCCACACAGCAGGACGUGUUUCGGCACACCACCCACGGCCUCCUGGACAGCUUCCUGCAGGGCUACAACUGCUCGGUGUUUGCCUAUGGGGCCACCGGGGCCGGGAAGACGCACACCAUGCUGGGGCGGCAUGGGGACCCUGGCAUCAUGUGUCUGACCACCAUGGAGCUGUACCAGCGCCUGGAGGCCCUGCGGGAAGAGAAGCAGUUCGAGGUGCUGGUCAGCUACCUGGAGGUCUACAACGAGCAGAUCCACGACCUCCUGGAGCCCAAGGGGCCCCUGAACAUCCGCGAGGACUCUGACAAGAGUGUGGUGGUGCAGGGCCUGUCCUUCCACCAGCCCACCUCAGCCGAGCAGCUGCUGGAGAUGCUGAGCCGGGGCAACUGCAGCCGCACACAACAUCCCACGGACGCCAAUGCCACAUCCUCCCGCUCCCAUGCCAUCUUCCAGAUCUUCGUGAGGCAGCAGGACCGAGUGCCGGGGCCCACGCAGGCCCUUCAGAUGGCCAAGAUGAGCCUGAUUGACCUGGCGGGCUCAGAGCGGGCGUCCAGCACCCACGCCCGGGGUGAGCGGCUGCGGGAGGGAGCCAACAUCAACCGCUCCCUGCUGGCCCUCAUCAGCGUCCUCAAUGCCCUGGCUGAUGCCAAGGGCCGCAGGGCUCACGUGCCCUACCGGGACAGUAAGCUGACCCGCCUGCUGAAGGACUCCCUGGGGGGCAACUGCCGCACUGUGAUGAUCGCCCAUGUCAGCCCUGCGGCCCUGGCCUACGAGGACACAUACAACACCCUCAAGUACGCCGACCGGGCCAAGGAGAUCCGGCUCACGCUGAAGAGCAACGUGGUCACCCUGGACUGUCACGUCAGCCGCUACGCCGCCGUGUGCCAGCAGCUGCAGGCCGAGGUGUCUUCCCUGAGGAGGAAGCUGCAGGAGUUGGAGGCGAGAGCACAGGCGCCUCAGCGCUCACUCUCACCGCCCAGCCAGUCCUGCACCCCAGAGUCUGGAACCCUUAGAGACCAGAGCCAGGGGACGGAAGCCCAGGAGCCACCAGCCCUGGCAGGGAGCUCUGCAGGCCAAGGGUGGCCCCCACGAAGCUGUAGCCAGGACAGAGGCCCAGCGGAGGUUCCAGGCCAGGUGCCCGAGCCCAACCCCAGACCCUCAGUUCCUGGGAUGCCUAGUUUGAUCCUGCCGCCCGAGCCAGCCUCGGCACAGCUGUCCCUGAAGAGGCCACGUGGGGAGCACCUUGGGCCGCUGGCCCUCCGCGUGCUGCACCUAGCCCAGAAGCAGUAUGCGCUGCUCCAGGCCGCUGGCCUGCUCACCCCGGAUCUGACCACGGAACUGGAGAUGCUGCAGCAGCUGGUGCAUGAAGCAGAUGGUGAUUCCAGUGCUGAGAGCUGCAGGACACCGGGCCUGGCUCAGGAGCUGUGUUCAGAUUCCCGGUCUCCAGGCCACUGCAGCCCUGUGACCCGGACCAUGGCAAGGCGGCAGAGCAGCCUCUUGCACAACCUGGGGGUUCCCCCUGGGCCUGAUGGCACCCCAGCCCCAGUGUCCCGACAGCCCACAGAGAAGAGGCGGAGACCAAGCCCCAGCGCGCCUGACAGUCCCCUGGCCCCAAGGCGGGAGGCCAAGCGCCAGCGCCAAUCCUCCCUGCCCUGCCUGAGGCAGGAACGGCAGCCUGAGCCCUGCACCCCUGCAGGGGCCCGGGCCUCCCCAAGCUGCCGCUCCCCUCGCCCCUGCCCAGCCACUGUUAUCAAACGCCGGGCACCCCUGGGCCCCUCGGCCCUGCAGAACUGCUCCACACGCCCAGCACUGCCCACGCUGGACCUCAACGCCACCUUCGACCUCUCAGAGGAACCUCCCUCCACACUCAGCCUCCAGGAGUUUGCCCCCCACGAGCGGCCUGGGCCCCGCCAAGCCUUUGUUGCCAGCGGGCCAGCGGCCCUGUUCACUGCAAGGGGCCCCAAGCCCACGUCCUCCCUACCCGGGACCUCAGCCUGCAGGAGAAGGCGCCCAGCAAGCUCCUGCGUGCCCCAGGGCCGCAGCCGCAUCGCCCGCCUGCCCAGCAGCUCCUGGAAGAGGCCAGCGGGGGCCCUUGUGAUCCCAGAGCAACCCUUGAGGCCGAAGACCCAGAAGAAGUUGGCUGGGGUUGGGAGGCUGCUGCCCACUGGGGACUGUGUCGCCCAGGUAUCCUGACCCCUGUGCCGCCCCCCAGCCUGGGUGCUGGACGCCAGCACCUGCUCCUUGCCACCCUGUCCUGCUGAUCCUGCUCCCGCCUCCUCCCUGGGGGUGACGCGCGGCCUCCCAGCACCUUCCUGAGCGAGUGUUAACAGGCAAUUUUGAGGAGUGCAACCUGCCGUGCCCUCCCAGGCCCACGCCGUGCUGCAGUGCCCCCCCCACCUGCCCCCGCCGGGAGGCCCCUGGGGGCCUGGCGAGGUAUCCUCAGCCCCCGCCUGGUGAUGGUGGUGCCCUGACCCACAGAGGAGUCAGCGUUGUCGCCUGCACAGGGCUCACAUCCGUGCACGUGCCACCCUAGCUGUAAAUGGGGCGAACAGAGUUGCGCCCUGACCUGCCUCCAGUGCGCUUAAGAGUGGAUGCAGGUGUACUUUCCCACAGCAAUUAAUAAACCGUCUCCAGCUGGC